UGUGUGUGUGUGUCGGUUCCAGUGUGCGUCACAGGGUGAAGGGCGGUGCCCCAGGUAGAGCACCACACACACACACACACACAGAGGGGGCAGUGUGCUCAGAGCAGCGGAGACUCUCGGUGGCCACACACACACACACACACACGGUCGAGUCGCGUCGGACACUCGUCGGAGACUCUCACACACACACACACACACACACACACACACACACACACACUCGUCGGACCGGGAAGUGUCCGCGGCGCGUCGCUCGGUGAUGUUCAGCUGGGUGAAGCAGGAGCAGGGCCGCAACAAGGACGGGGAGAUGUACCAGACGGUGACGGAGGGGCUGCAGAGCCUCUACACCCGGAAGCUGCUGCCGCUGGAGGACACCUACCUCUUCCACGACUUCCACUCGCCGGCGCUGGAGGCCGCCGACUUCCAGAGCAAACCCAUGGUGCUGCUCGUGGGCCAGUACUCCACCGGCAAGACCACGUUCAUCAGGUAUCUGCUGGAGCAGGACUUCCCGGGGAUGAGGAUCGGUCCCGAGCCGACCACCGACGGCUUCAUCGCCGUGAUGUACGGCGAGAACGAAGGUGUCGUCCCCGGCAACGCUCUGGUGGUCGACCCCAAGAAACCCUUCAGGAAACUCAACGCGUUCGGAAACUCCUUCCUUAACAGGUUCAUCUGCUCUCAGAUGCCCAAUCAGGUUCUUCAGAGCAUCAGCAUCAUCGACACCCCGGGGAUCCUGUCAGGAGAGAAGCAGCGAAUCAGCAGAGGUUACGACUUCGCCGAGGUCCUGCGCUGGUUCGGCGAGCGGGUCGACCGCAUCAUCCUGCUGUUCGACGCCCACAAGCUGGACAUCUCCGACGAGUUCUCCGAGGCCAUCCGGGCCUUCAGGGGCCAGGACGACAAGAUCCGGGUCGUCCUCAACAAGGCCGACCAGGUGGACACGCAGCAGCUGAUGCGGGUGUACGGCGCCCUCAUGUGGUCACUGGGGAAAGUCAUCAACACUCCGGAGGUGGUGAGAGUUUAUCUGGGAUCGUUCUGGGCCAAACCGCUGCAGAACUCUGAGAACAGGCGACUGUUCGAGGCCGAGUCUCAGGACCUGUUCCGGGACAUCCAGAGUCUUCCGAGGAACGCCGCCCUGCGUAAACUCAACGACCUCAUCAAGAGAGCUCGUCUGGCCAAGGUCCACGCCUACAUCAUCAGCCACCUGAAGAAGGAGAUGCCGUCUCUGUUCGGCCGCGAGAAGAAGAAGGAGGAGCUUAUCAUGAGGCUGCCGGAGAUCUACACCAUCCUGCAGCGGGAGCAUCACAUCAGCCCUGGGGACUUCCCCAACGUCGCCAAGAUGCAGGACAUGCUGCAGCACUACGACUUCAGUAAGUUCCCGUCCCUGAAGGUGAAGCUGAUCGAGUCGGUUGACAAGAUGUUGGCCACGAAGAUCGCCGGUCUGAUGGCGAUGAUCCGAGAGGAGGAGACCAAGGCGCCGCCGGCCAUGGUGUCGGGCGGCGCCUUCGAAGGCUCCCAGGACGGGCCUUUCGGCCACGGCUACGGCGAGGGCAUCAGCGCCGGGGCGGACGCCGAGGACUGGAUCGUGAGCCGUGACAAGCACCGCUACGAUGAGAUCUUCUACACGCUGAUGCCCGUCAACGGCAAGAUCACCGGCGUCAAUGCCAAGAAGGAGAUGACGAACUCGCGGCUGCCCAACACCGUGCUGGGGAAGAUCUGGAAGCUGGCCGACCGCGACCAGGACGGCAUGCUGGACGACGAGGAGUUCGCCCUGGCGCAGCACCUCAUCAAGGUGAAGCUGGAGGGCUACGAGCUGCCCACCGAGCUGCCCCACCACCUGGUGCCACCGUCCCACCGCAAGGACCCCACGGCCGACGCCCUGUACAACCACAGCGAGGACUAGAGCUCCGUCGCCGUGGAGACCGGGUCCACGGGUCUGAUGUUCAGACUGACCAAACAAGCAAACGCUCAGAAUGUUCUGCUUUUUAUUUGGUAAGAGUUUAUAUAUAUCGAUCAUCUCAACGAGUCUCUCGGAGGCUUUUAUUGUGAAAGAGAACAGUGUCCUCGUGUUUCCUUCCCAAACGUCUCGAUGUGUGGAGGCAACGCCGCCGAUCAACUUCGUCACACAAACCAGCACCUUCGUCACGUUUGUUUGUCGCCUGCAGCAUCACGGGUCCCGACUUCCUGCUGUUCACCGCAGGUUCCUGUUCACUCUGACCUUCAGAAUGAAAGCACAGAUGUGUCUCAAAACAGUGACGUCAUCAGUCAGAGCAGAAUAUGGAUCAGAUACAGUUGAUGGAUUGACGCUUAAUUUCCUUGACGCGACCGUUUCCUCCGCACUGUUCAGGACGUGUUUUUAUUUAGACGCUGUCAAAGAAUAUUAUAAGUCUGUGCUUUUAUUCUGAAGGUCAAACACAUUCUCAUUGUCAGAUGUCAAAGUUUGAGUUUCCUGUAAAGGGAUUGCGCGGGUCGACCCCCGACCCCUAGGGCGGAGGAUUAGUGCCACGUGAAAAGGAAAAAAAGGAGAAAAAGUGACUCACAGUUUUAAAGAAAGAGAUCAAACAUUCCUUCAUUUCUUAAACAUGAACGUCAGAAUGAUUAUUUUCUUCCUGUGGCACUAAUCGUCCUCCGUAGAUCGUCUUCUGGAGAUGAAUGUUUUUUUAAAUAAUCCAGAUCAGAUGUCGAUGAACACGAGGAUCAUGUUUCCUUUUUCCACCGGUUUUUACUAGUUUCAUUACAAAAUGUCCGACAUUGAUCAUUUCCAGAAGUUUCACUCAGAUGUUUUCAUCAUCAGCUCACAUAUGAAUAAUUAUCAUUUCAGAUUCAUCUUUGAAUCAUUUUGUCUCGAAAACAUUUUUUUUGUUGAAGAAAAUUAUGUUUAUUUCUUUUAAGUUGAAAAACAAAAAAAAUUAUGAUUUGACGAUAAAACUAAAUAUUUCCAAAUAUGUAUCAGAAAAUAUAUAUUUUUUAGAUGUAUAUAUUUUAAAAGUAGAGAAUGAGUAAAACUCUUGUUAGUGAUGAAGCUCGCAAUGUCGUGACCUCUGCAGGAACCUCCUCCUCCUGAAAUCGUCUCUUUACAGAGACAGGAAGUUGUUAUGGACUCCGCCUCGUGACCCGGACCAGCACACGACGUCCAGACCAGGACACGAGGGGUCCAGGUCCUCAGAGGUCAAAGGUCACAGUCCAUCCUGUUUUAACAGCAGAGCCGCGACAGCGUCGUGUCCUGAAACGUGUCCGCUCGCUUCACUUUCCUCACAUUGUAAACAUCAGCAGAGACGAGCAGACACUGACCUCUGACCUCUGACCUUCCUCUGGAAACAAGGGUGGUUUUCAUUACUGUAAAUUCUGCCCAGCGACUGAGGAGGAACGAUUUCCUCUGACUGACGCUGCAGCGAAUCAGAAUUAAUAAAAACAGUGAAUGUGCCUUUAAACGCAGCUUCGACUCAUCAACACGUUUGAUUUUCAUUCUGACGGAACUCGUCACGUCAACGUCUGGGACCUGUGAGGUCACAGGUCACCAAACGGUUGUAGUCGUCAAGGCAACAGAGGUUUAUGUUUGUAUGAAAGAAUGAAACAGGAAAUGUUUGAAUGUGACAAACAUUUUAGCGACGAUUACACUUUCUUUCAAACCAAUUUCACAAGACGUUAGACAGACAAGAGAAAGUUCAUUGGUCUGAGACAUUAAUCAUUAUUUUGAGAAAAUUUCAUUAUUUUGGAAAAAAAAUUAUUAGAGUAAAAAAAAAAUAUUUUGAAAAAUGUAAAAUUUUUGAGAAAAUUAACAUUAUUUUGACAAAGUUUCAUUAUUUGACAGUUUCCUGUCAUAACAACUUGCAGGAUAUAUUUUUUCGGUAGAUUUGACUUCACACACGUACAAAGCCUUAAAAAAUUGAAUCAUCAGAAUUAAACAAAGUGCCACUGGACGGAGCUGAACCCAUGUAAAUUCAUAUCUUAUAUGUAUAAAAACUAUGUAAACACUGUACAUGGAUGAUGUUGAUGUAUCAGGACUGAUGAUCAUCAGCAACGUUUCACGCCCCCUGGUGUCGUUCUGAGGACGUGUGUGUGUGUGUGUGUGUGUGUGUGUGUGUGUGUGUGUGUGUGUGUGUGUGUGUGUGUGUGUGUGUGUGUGUGUGUGUGUGUGUGUGUGUGUGUGUGUGUGUGUGUGUGUGUGUGUGUGUGUGUGUGUGUGUGUGUGUGUGUGUGUGUGUGUGUGUGUGUGUGUGUGUGUGUGUUCCCGUUCCCAUGACGGGACGUUGUCGUCUUCGAGGAUUCGUAUGUAAGAAAAGAUUUACCGUAUUAACCAGAAACUAUUCUGAUCAAACUCUUGUGACAUUUCAGCUCUGUCUCUGAUUUAGUUUCCAGAAAUUGCAGGAUUUUGUUUUUGUUCAUAUCAGUUCAUCUGAAUGUAAAAGGUUUUAUUAUUCUUGUGAUUGUGAAUGAUGUUGUAUUCUGGUUGUUUGGAUGUGACUCUGUGCUCCAUCUCUCUUCCUGUUCACAGAGCUGGAGACUAAUAAAGUUUAUUCAACACGUUC